UCCGUCACACAAAUUGUUCCGUCAGCAAAUGUAGGAGAAGAAGAAGAAGAAGGAGGAGGAGGAGGAGGGUUAUGGCAACAAUGAUUGAGGAAAAUGGUCCUUCGACUCAUGAGCAGUCUGAGGUGUCCUCGUCGUCUCAGGCCCGGCAGAAACUGGAGGGGCUCCUGAACAAGAACAUGAGGAUCCGCAUGACAGACGGACGGACUCUGGUGGGGCUGUUCCUCUGCACGGACCGAGACUGCAACGUCAUCCUCGGGUCAGCUCAGGAGUUCCUCAAAUCCACAGACACUUUUUCCCAGGGUGAGCCCAGAGUCCUGGGCUUGGCCAUGAUCCCCGGUCACCACGUGGUAUCCAUCGAGGUGGAGGCAGACAGUCUGGAGGACGCACAAGGCUUCGGAGCGAACCACUGAUGGAGACCCUUCCUGUCUGGACGACACUCAGUGCUCAGACUGACUCUCUCAGUGAGCUCAGGCUGUACGGCCGAGCUCAGAGGAGAGUGGACAUCUUCACUGGAGGUGACUUCACCUCAGAUACAGAACUCCUGUGUCAGUAUUCUGGAUUCAGCCAUUCCCUCGAAGCUUGAAGAUGAGGCCGCUGUAUGAUACAGCGUGUGUGGGCAAACAAGAUGUGCAGAAAUGGUGAUUCAGUGUUGUGUACAGUAAACGUCUUUGUUUCAUGAUGUUUUAAAUACAUUUGUGUAUUUGAGACUUUGUGUUUCGUUAAUUCUUGUAAACAAAUGUUGGGUAGAAAUGUAUCAGGUGCUAUGCAAUUCUUCACAUCUAAGUCUAUUAACAGGCUUCAAAUGGUACAACUACACAUGUAAAGGAAGUUGUGGGAAGCCUUUUGCGCCUCCAGAGGGAGCCACAAGAAAGUUUCUUAAAUUUGAGUUUGAAUAUGAAAAACAUCCGAGGGUUCAGAGUUAAAGAAGUGAGGUUUCCAGCACUGUGGGCAAUGUAGGCGCCAGAUUGAGUGGAAUAAAAAGAAGGUAUCUCUGCAUCA